AUGCCGCAGCACAGAGAACUCUGCCUCGUGACUCCUCUCUCUCUGUUCUUUAUCUUGUUCUCUCUCAAUGUAGCUACGGCCAUCGCCGGCGACCAGAACCCGUUUUCCCCAAAAGGGUAUCUGACGCGUUACUGGAACAAGGAGGUCCGAAACGACGCCGUUGGACCCACUUUUCUGCUCUCCAAGGCCUCCCCAUUAAGCGCCGUGCAAUCCGCUAGCUUCGCAAAGCUCGCAUCCGAAAAUGCCCUCCAGACGAAGCUUCCCGAGUUUUGCUCCGCCGCGAAGCUUCUCUGCUUUCCGGAUUUGGGGGAGAGUUUAGAGAAGCACGUGAAGGACGCGAGUUUCACGGGAUACUCAGGCCGGAAUUUCACCAAUUACGGCACGGAUCGGCUCGCCGGCGCCGACAGCUUCAAGAACUACUCGCUCGGCGAGAAUCUCCCGGUGGACUCGUUCCGCCGCUACAGCCGCGACUCGGUGAACCAUAAAGACAAGUUCAACAACUACGCCGCCGACGGCAACGUCAUCGACCAGAGCUUCAACAGCUACGCCGCCGGCGCCACCUCCGGCACCGGCGACUUCAAGAGGUACGCCGACUCCACCAACGUCCCCAACCUCCGAUUCACCUCCUACUCCGACGACUCCAACGGCCGGGCCCAGUCCUUCACCGCCUACAGCGAGAACGCCAACGCCGGCCAGCAGAGCUUCACCAGCUACGCCAAACACGGCAAUGGCGCCCCCAACGAGUUCACCGGCUACGGCACCAGCUCCAAUGUCGCCGCGUCGGACUUCACCGGGUACAGCGAGUCCGGUAACGGCAUAAACGACACCUUCACCAACUACGGCAACGACGAGAACAACCCGACGGAGCGGUUCAAGAGCUACGGCGACGGCGGCAAUGCCGGGUCGGAGAAAUUCUCCAACUACAGAGACAAGGCCAAUGUGGGUGAGAGCUCGUUCCAGUCGUACGGCAAGAACUCCAACUCUGACAAGGUCAGUUUCGUCAAUUACGGGAAAAGCUUCAACAACGGGUCGGAGUCUUUCACCGGGUACGGUAAAGGCUCCCAAGGCGGGUCGGUCGGGUUCAAGAUCUAUGGAUUCAACAACACCUUCAAGGAUUACAAGGAUAAAAAAUCGGCGAAGUUCACGGAAUACGUGGCGGAUGAAAAGACGAGUUUAGCCUCGGCGAGUGGCAGCUUGGCGAAAAGGUGGGUGGAGCCGGGGAAGUUCUUCAGGGAGUCUAUGCUGAAGAAAGGAACUGUGAUGCCCUUCCCCGACAUUAAAGAUAAAAUGCCCGAAAGGUCGUUUCUGCCCCGCACAAUCUCCUCGAAAUUACCCUUUGCCACCGCCAAACUCUCCGAGCUGAAGAGGAUCUUCCACGCCGAGGACAACUCCACCAUGGAGAAGAUCAUCACCGACGCCCUGCAGGAGUGCGAGCGAGCCCCCAGCAAAGGCGAGACCAAACGGUGUGUCGCCUCGGCCGAGGACAUGAUCGACUUCGCGACGUCUGUCCUCGGCCGAAACGUCGUCGUUCGCACCACGGACAAUGUCAGUGGUGCGAAGGGCGACAUUGUGGUCGGAUCAGUGAAGGGAAUCAACGGCGGGAAGGUCACGCAGUCCGUGUCUUGCCACCAGAGCUUGUUUCCUUACCUACUCUACUACUGCCACUCGGUUCCCAAAGUCCGGGUUUACGAAGCGGAUCUUCUGGACCCGACUUCGAAGGCCAAGAUCAACCAUGGCGUUGCCAUCUGUCACUUGGACACGUCUGCUUGGAGCCCCACCCAUGGAUCCUUUGCCGCUCUGGGCUCGGGUCCGGGUCGGAUCGAGGUCUGCCACUGGAUCUUCCAGAACGACUUGACUUGGACUAUUGCUGACUGAAGAGUCUUAGCCUGAUUUGGGGUAAGUGAUUUGGGUUCGAGCCACAGGUUAAGAAGUGUUAGCCGGUGGCCGGAGUUCGAGUUAGGUUAUUUAUAUUUUUAUAACUGUAUUAUUAAGUAAUGGUCAUUUUUACAUUUUACAUUUUGGAAUAUGUAUUAGUUUAUUAUAUAUUAUCUUCGGGUAAAUGUUUAUGAUGCUUCCUCAAUAAUUGGAAGCCAGAUUAAUGAAGCCAAUGGGGUUUGAUUAAGCUAUUAUUAGCGUGAUUAAUUUAUAAGAAAACUAUAGUUUAUAUGUUG